CUGCCCUUUAUCAAUCCUUGCAAAAUCGUCACUCUUGCAAUCUGAAGAAUCAAAAUAUCGGCCCAACUUCCACGGUCUUUUGUUAAGACCAAGUGGCACGCCAACGUUGCGCAUAUGCAGCUUUGCCGAAUUCAUCGCCCCCCAGGUUCAACACGGACACAGCGUUGAUCUGCGGCCGCCAAUUUGCAAGAUUUCAAGUAAAUUUAAGUGAACAGCAGAUUGACCUAUAUAUUUUUAAUGAAUAUAUAAGUCAUGGCUGAAAAGGGUAUUGUCGAAUUUACAGCCGCAUAAAACACUACAUUCUUUAUCUCCUUAUCUAGAGUGAGGUUCUUUCCUCGACGCCGUCACGGCCUCAUCGCGUCGAGAGAGAGCAGACUGUAAAUAAAGAGAAUAUAGACAAUAUGUCGACGGCAUCGGGACCGCGCCGCAAAACAAAGGCCUUCCAUCACAAAUCGCGCGGCGGAUGCCGAACCUGCAAGACUCGCCGCGUCAAAUGCGACGAGAAACGACCGCGAUGUAACAACUGCAUACGCAUUGGCAGCGAAGUCUGCAUAUAUGACGCCGUCAAACCAACAUCAUCCUCUAAAAUGGCCCUGUCAGGUCGAUCCUUGAGCUCCCCAAGCGACAGUCAUCAUUCAGCAACUGAUUUGGCCAGAUUCAAUCCUGCAUCCACGCCCAGCCCGGUCUCCCUCGGCAACAUGUACCACAGCAUCGACAGCAUAGAUCUGCCGGAAUCCGCGUCCAGAAGGAAACUUGAGAUGCGGUUACUCCAUAACUUCAUGACGCAUUUAACAAAUCCAUAUGCGGAAAAAUCCACCCCGGCGGCUGUUUUAGGCUGGCUGCAAGAGGUACCGAAACUGUCUCUCGAAUUUGAUAACCUGCAGUACAUGAUGCUGGCCUGUUCCGGCGCCCAUCUGCUGCGCUCUCUGCCUGAUAACGGCGAGGUAGCGAAUGCUCAUCAGGUAUACAUCACGCUCGCACUGCGCGACCAGCAGCGGGCCGUCGCCAACAUGAACCAUGUCAAUAGCGAAUCCAUCGUGUAUAGCGCUCUACUCCAUUUUCUUUAUUCCUUCUCCUGUCUGUGGAAUCGGCCUCUAGAUCCUUAUACUCCGCCGACCGAUUGGCUUCAUGUCGGCAAAGGCGUCAGAUCUGUUCUAGUCGCUGUAUUAGAAGGCUCAGUUCAAAGAAACGCCCCCGACCCCAACAAUCCCAACCAUAAGCCAUCAUCCGCAGUGCUGAUGGUGCGAAACGCUCCGCCAGAUUUCCGAAACGAUAAUCUCUACUCGAAAGAGAAUAUAUUACCGCUUCCCGUUCUCUUAGAUUAUACCGUGGACGCGCCAGACUACACUGCCCGGGAAGCGUACGAGGACGCACUCGGGUAUAUCGGCAGCAUGUACGAAGCUGUCUACAUCAACGAACCCGUGUUCUCGCUCACGCGGCGGUUCAUGGGGUUUUCCAUCUUCGUGCCCAACCUAUUCAUUCAGCUGGUCAAGGAGCAGCGACCGCGAGCGCUGGUUAUCCUUGCUAUGUAUUUUGCGCUCAUGAGUAGGGCGCAGUCGGUGUGGUGGGUGGGUGAUAUCCCGCAUAGAGAAAUCCUAGCGAUCCAGAGAGUUUUACCGCCUGAAUGGCAAGAAGCGAUGCAGUGGCCGCUGGCUGUAGCUGGAUUAAUAACUUCAUACUGUUGAGAUCUGUCGUGGUGGUCAGGAGUAUUAGGGUUCAUGAAUACAUAAUGAUUUUUGAUAACAUGGGUAGUUAUGUUAUUGUGUGUAAUUGGGGGAGAUUAGUAAAUAUUAUACUAUUGAGCGCACAGGGCAUGCUUUAGUCAUGCUUAACAAGAUUUUGGAAAUGAUCUAAUGCACGAUGCUACAGGAUGCUCUGAAAUACAGUAAACGAGGAACGAGAAACGAGCAUGACUAGUUUGUCGACUAGAG